AUGAUUGACCCAAUCGAUAAAAUUAUUGAAGAAACAUUUGUUUAUAAAAUUGAUAUGCUUCAUAAUCUUUCUUUAUCAUCGAAUGCUUCAAUGAUUCGUUACGCUUUAGCAUAUAAAGACUUUAAUCCUAAUGAAAAAUAUCCUGAGGAAGAGAUAGAAUCAAGUUUUGAAUUAACGAAAAAGUAUUGGAAAUAUAAAAUUGAAUCAUAUAAGAAACAAGAUGAAAAAGCAGAAAGAGAUACUAAAAAUAAUGUUUCAAUGGAUGAUUUUCAAUACUAUCACGAUUUAAUCCUUUCAUCUAAAUGCAAAAUGUGUGGUAAAGCGUUUACAUAUGCAAAUAAACCAACAUUGGAUAGAAUCGAUAAUGAAAAACCACAUACCAAAGAAAAUUGUCAGUUAAUGUGUUGUUAUUGCAAUGUCGUAAAAUCAAAUAAAGAUGAAGAUGUUCAACGUUUAAGAAUCAAUUUAAGAAAUUAUGCAUUAAAAAAUAAUUUACCAAUGACUUUAGAUUCAGUUGAAGCUUAUCACAUUCUCCGUAAUGGAAUUACUGGUGGUCUAUCAAAUGUUCAACAUCGUGUUAAUCUUAAAGGAAUCACGCACAUUAAUAAACUUUCAUAUAGUCCAGAAACUAAAACUGUAUCAAAUGAGGACACCACCAACAUUAUGACUCAUUUCGUUGGUGUUGAUUUUAAUUCAUUAUAUCCUUCAUCAUUUUCAUCUAAUCCUCAUGAUUUCAUUCAAUAUACUGACCAUAAAAUGUAUAUGCCGAGAAGAUUGAAUGGUGUUAUCAUUUGUGAUACAGCAACAAAGAAAGCAAAAGCACUGGGAAUAAUUAAGAAGAAAAAUACUUUAUUCGUGGCUGAAGUAAAGGGUCACAUUGAUGAAAAAUACAUUAAUGAUUACAUAAACUUUUUACCGAUAAUAAGAAACUUAGAUAUUAUCACAGAUGAAAAAACAAUUGGCAGUUUUAUGUAUAA